UGAUUGGAUCAUGAUUGAAAGCAAUACAAGUGACUGACUACUGCUAAUAAUAACAAUUUGUGAUGUUUGAUGUUUGGGUUACUGUUUCAUUUUUUUUCUUUAAAAAAAAAUAUAGGAUUAUGGAUCUUCUGGACGGAUGGAUACAAAUGAUAGCCUACGAGUGGCUAGUUUAUGGCACUCAAUGCAUGCCAUCUCUCAGCAGCUAUCACCAACUGUUGGUUGUUUAGGCAUCGAACUCCUUGAAGCUGACACCUUUGAUCUUCAUUGCUUCCAAUCACUCACUGGAACAAAAUUCUUUGUGGUGUGUGAACCUGGAACACAGCACAUGGAAGGCCUCUUGAAAGUCAUAUAUGAAUUGUACACGGAUUAUGUCCUAAAGAACCCGUUUUAUGAGAUGGAGAUGCCUAUACGAUGCGAGCUCUUUGACAUCAACCUGUCUCAGGCAAUACAGAAGGAUCGUGUUGCUUUAUUGGGGCGAUGAACUUUCCUGGAUUUCGCUUCAAUAGCUUUUGUUAUUUUUCAUUUUCUUUUGUGCAUUUGCCAUGAGAUCUUUCAAUUUUUUUUU